CUUUGUUUACGUAUAAAUAUUCAUAAUGGCCAUAAAUACCUACAACAACAAGACGUCAGUGACUAAAUGUCAUGCAUUCUUGUCCAAGACAAGAAUAAAACCCGUCUUGCCAGCACCUCCAUAACUUUCAACCAGCGAAGCUAACCCCUUUCAAAGACUCAUAUCGAAUCUGUGAAACAACGCAGAGUUUUACUCAUACCUUUCCCCUUACCACUUCUCGUCUUGGAAGUUAUCAUGGCACCUCAGACCAAGCAAGAAUCACCGCUAUAUCCCGUUAAAGAAAUACUCUCGUUACACUCAUCGCACCCAUUCUUAUGUACAAAUUGUUACACCAACCUUCUGGAACUGUCCGAGUCACCAGAGUGUAUCCUCUCACAAUCCCAAUCUAAAAAGCGACAACGUAGCAACUCUCCUGACACUGAUUGUCGAAAAAAAACCAGAUUGUCCCCUCCACUAAGAUCAGAUUCUGAGGCGCAAAAGGGGCACAAAGAAACCCAACCAAUUUCAACACUGCCCUUUAUCCGAUCACCUACUGUCGAAGAGUUUAAAUUCAGAUACUUCCGGGAAAAUCCUAAAAUAGCCGCGUGGCUUGGUAUUGACGACCCGGAUCUACCAGAAAUGGCAGGAUCUUACCGGACCACUAAAACCGUAGACUCUAUUCCCAUAAUACUUUCUACGACUGCAUCCUCGAUGACGAAAAAGGUCCCGGCUUAUUUGAUAGACGCGAAUUUUCGAAGCGCUGUCCUUCGUGACAAUAAAAUCGAGUUUCUAGAUUUAGACCCUCAUGCUACACUUCCGGAUUGGGUUCAAACCCAUAUCAACGAAGUGAAUAGUGUAGAAGGGGACGAUAUUCCUAUAGAUAUAUGUAACAUACAUGCCGACUAUGUAGGCACUGCUAUGAGAGCGGUAUACGAAAGCGAGAUACUACACUCUCUUAUUACCGCUUUAGGUCUUGGACGUCGAGUCUGGUUCGAUGAUUCUCCUUUGCUCAAAUAUCACAGUCAACAAGUGUUCCAAUAUGCCCUCUUACCACCGGAAGUGGGGACCAGUACGUUGCAUAACCCGAGGCCUGAUAUACUCUUUGGAUAUAACAAUGAAUAUAUACCUGCCUUAAGGGCAUAUGAUAUAGGUUAUAAGGCGUUUAGAAGCGCGAUUGGUGAUACCGUUUGCCUCCCGUACUUGAUCAUGGAAUCACAAGGCCAUCUGGGCCAUAUCUUAGUAGCUGAGAACCAAUCUUUCAUUAGCGGCCGCAUAUCUUUAGAUAUGACCUGGCCGAUACUUGGGGAUCAGGACAUAGUAUUUGUCGUCGGCACCAUGCCAUACCUUGCACACCUCUAUGUUAUGUGGAGAGACGUAGUAGAGAAUCAUGGUCCUCGCUAUUAUAUAAAAUUGAUUUCAGUAUUUAGCUUAAUCGAUUUGGAACAGUUUAAAAGAUUCCGAACGGCGAUUUUCCACAUCCAAUACUGGGCGAAAAAUAACAGGCUAAAGCGGGUUUUAACUGGCCUCGAGGCGUGGAGAGCAGCUGGUUGUCCUCGACACAAGUACCAACCAAGUAGACGUAGUCCUAUGCAGGAGGAAUAAGCAGCAAGAAGCCUAGGUUAGGGGUAUAGUAUUCUGUAUGAUCAAGGAAACGGGCAAGAUCAAGGAUAGUUUCAGAGCCAAUAAGGAGGCUAUUCGAGUCUUGAAAAUUACUGGAAAAGGUAUAGAUUCCAGCGGUGUUUGAAAAUACUUUUACAAUGUGUGGGAAGCCCUUCUGGUUUGAAGUAUCUCAGAUCGAUCCUUACCUGAAAUCUAAUUGGUUG